AUGUCUCCAGCCAUUAUGAAAACGAAGAUCGUCAAAAAAGCUAUUGCCAAGCCUAAAAGACGAUCUGUCGUCAAGACAAGAAAGUUUGGUAAGCUUUUAACUUGGUUAUUGUAACUAGGAGAAUAUUAUACAUCUUGUACUGUAAACAGACUUGAAAGCAAGAGUUUUCCGCUGUUACUAGUCUAGUUUAGAAGCAAAAAGUUCUGUACAGACCAAUGUUAUGUAGGUACAGAGUUGGCGCAGUAAAAUAUUAAAGAUCGUGCCUUGUAUCCAAGCUUGACUGUAAUUCUUUAUCAAUGGCAGUUCAGUACCUUAUCUCAUAUUGAUCUUAUUUUAUCCAUAUUUUACGUUUAAAAAACAAGAUUUAAACAGUAAACUAUAAUAUAAGCAAAACAACAACCUAUAACCAUAUUGUUAUCUUUAGCUCGCAUUGCCAAAACCAAGCAGACCAGUAAAGUCCAAUUGGCUAAAAAGAGCCGCAAGGCCUUAAAAACGAGGAAAGCUAAGACUACUUCAAAGCCCAUGACCAAGCCAGCCCAACCUCCAGCCAAAACUGCCCUACCUCCAGCCCCGACUACAAAAUGGACUAUCCCCGAAGGCCAGACCGACUUUUUUAAAUGUCCAUUGUGUAAUAUGCCGAAAAGCUCGUUAGAACACAUGGAGUUACUCUACAACCCCUACUCCAGCCAUUACGAAGCGCAGAAUUCAGAGAAUUCGUAA